UCUCAGAUUUCGCUAGUCCUCCAUUGGCAAUAAUUUCAUACCAUAAUUAACACGCAGAUGUGAUAAAUUUACGCAAAUUAACGCGGGUUAAAUCCUACGGCUGCUUGCGGUUAUUUCUCUUUUCCAUAAUGCUGCCCGAGUCACCUGCAUAGGAUCAUUAGGAUUUGCCCCCGAGGCUCUAUAGGAUGACAGACGACACCAUGAAGUGAUUAGUUCAGUUACCUCUUCUGCUAUAGGUCAUUAGAAUAUUUUCUGAAAUUGAGAACUCUCAAUGUGGCACCACAAUACUGUUGAUUUAGCGAUUCACUCUCAAAGAAACAUGCUGAAACAAGAUCGACCUGUGAACGCUGCUUUUGGAGGUCACCUUGGAGGUACAAAUUCGACCCUGCGUAUUCUCGGCAACAACCAGAGGAUGUUUGAGAAGGAUGGGAACUUCAACUUCCUGGGUCAAGAUGAAAACACAAUGACUGGAGAUGAGAACCGCAACCAAAUGCGUCCUCGAGCUUUGGGCCUGACAAGCCGCUAUCCACCAACGUCUGCCAACCACUAUGUGCCUGGACCCCUGUCUCCCCUCUCUCGCCUUCCCUGCUGGAGCCCCCUGGAACCUCUUCCUGAGAUUGACAGUGGAGAAGACACUGGAGGCAGGGUGCCUCCUGAUGGAGCAGAAGAGGGCAAAAUAGAUGAGGAGAUGAGGAGAAUGAGUGAUGAUGAGAAGGAGGAAGAGCAAGAAGACCUUAUGAAAGGUAAAGCACAAGAACGGGUGGAGGAUAUAGAAGAAGAUGGGGUGUUGGACUGGGAAGAGAGCGAUGAAGACUUUGAGUUGAGUUACAGGUCAGAAAGCUCUUCACCUCUUACCAUUGAGAGCGGAGAUGUAACUGGGGGAGACUCCCUGAACUUUACGUGGGACCGCAUCUGUGUGGGAGGUUCAAACUCAGAAAAUAGUGAUGCAACCACAAACCUGGAGGGAAAACAGAAUGCUGAAGAGGACAAGAAAGCUGAGAUGCACCGUAAGAGGCUGGGAGGUUCUAGCCUAGCUGAAGAAGCAUGCUCCGAUUCAGAGAGUGAUCCCUGCUCUGAACUGCCAGAACUCAUGGAGGCUGUGUGGACCAUGGAAGACCGAGAACGGUUCAAAGCUGAGGAGAUGGAAAAGCACCAUGUGCAACUGACCAUGUACCGUAGGCUCGCCCUGAUCCGUUGGGUGCGCACCCUGCAGGAACGUGUCCAAGAACAGCAGAACCGACUCCAGUCCAGCUUCGAUAUCAUCCUCACUCACAGGAAAGAGCUGCUUCGCAUGGGCUCAGCUGCAGCUGCUGUUAGCCAGUAACAACACCAGAAGAGAGAAAAAACAAGAGCAAGAGAAAGAGCAGAGGCGAAGACGGUCAAGCAGAAACAAAUGACUAAGAACAGUGACAGAGAAGGCCCUUUUAAACUAUUUCCUGCAUCCCUCAUCUGUCAGUCCGGUCUUGUAUAUGUCUGUGCUUCAGACUCUGUUUUUGUCUUUGCUAUCAUACAUUGUUCUUGAAGAUACAUCAGUGCAGUGCUGUGCAUGCCUGACCAAAGGUUUCUUACUUAGUGCUCAUCCAAACCAGUAUGAAAUCCAGUAUAUUUGGCUUCAUCAAACUAUAUAUAUAUAUAUAUAUAUAUAUAUAUAUAUAUAUAUAUAUAUAUAUAUAUAUAUAUAUAUAUAUAUAUAGUUUGAUGAAGCCAAAUAUAAAAGGGAAAGGGUUUGAAUUUCUGACAGUUCAUCAGGUUUGUCUUUUGGGUGUUAAUGAAUGAAUAAAUAUUUAACAGUUUUAUUUUUAUUGGGUGUCCCUUAAUGAAUACUGUACAUACCAAGAUUAUCGAAUGAAACCAGUUCAUUAUGAUAAAAAAAAAGGCAGACAUAAAAAACAUUUAGCCAGACAACAAAAACACUUUCUAAUUGUAAUAAUUGUAUGUCACAACAAAAUUUCACAGUAUAUCACUGCACCUUUUUUGUCUAAGCUUUCUUUCCAUUAAUAAAACACAUCCAAAGAUA